UUCACAUCGUGACCAUCAUCACUAUCAUCAUCAUCAUCAUCAUCAUCAACAUCAGUCAUGAUCUCUCGUGGUCUCCUGCUGGUUCUGCUGGUUCUCACCUGCCUUCAGUCUUUUACAACGGCCCAGAACUCAAAUGGACCAGACAAAUGCUGUUUCAGUUACCAGAGAACUCCACUCCCUAUCAGAGUCAUUAAAGAGUAUAAAUUAACAGACCAUCGGUGUACAAAUCCUGGAGUCAUUUUUACCCUGAAGAAGAACAGCCGUCAGGUGUGUGGAGAUCCUGAACUCGAGUGGGUGCAGAACAACAUGAAAAGAAUUGACCAGAUCCUGAAUGAAGCUGAAUCGAGUGUUUAAUUAUUUUGAAAUUCACUUUGCCUGUAUUUAAGCAGGAAUAAUAUUUUUUUUACAUUAUAUUUUAAAUCAUAAAUUGAGCCCAGGAUGAUAUAUAUGAUAUAUUUUUUGA